UCACUUAUUCUGGUUCAGAUUUCUGGAUCAGGCACUUUAAGGCAGAUACUUCGUUUUCGUUUAUGAAAAGUUUAGAACUGCGGUGCUUGCAGAAUAACAUUAAACCAUAUAGAUUAGUGGAUUAGAACAUUAAUCAAUUCUUUACCUACAGUAAAUACGUGUUUAAGAACCAACCAGAAUACUAAUAGAGGACGAUUCAGCACUAACUGGAAUGGACAGCUCCUACGCAAUGGAACUGAACUGAAAAUUAAAAGGUGCUUAACCAAUGGACAGGCGAUUUGCCCACAUCAGUCAUACAGAGCACUACUUUUUUGAGCUGCUGCACACUGAAGAGUUGUCAGUCAAUCGACUAAAGGCACUAUUACUUUAAUUUCUGAAUGCAAUCUUUCCAGUUUCAAAACCUACAGUGGGAAGAGUCUUAAAAUGACGGUUGAAGAGUUUUUUAACAACGUAACCUUUUCUGAUAAUGUCUCGUUAUUUGCUUCAAACUUUACCGAGGGAAUGCUAUCUAAUGACAGGGAAACUGUUGGUUUUAUUAUACGAUGCGUUAUUCCGUCCAUAUACAUUCUCAUUAUUACAGUGGGCUUGCUGGGGAAUAUCACUUUGAUAAAGAUCUUCAUCACCAACAGUGCUAUGAGAAGCGUGCCCAAUAUUUUUAUAUCCAGUUUGGCUGCUGGAGACCUUUUGCUUCUGGUGACUUGUGUUCCCGUAGAUGCCUCGAGGUAUUUCUUUGAAGAAUGGAUCUUCGGCACCGUCGCCUGCAAACUGAUUCCUGUAAUCCAACUCACUUCAGUAGGUGUCUCGGUUUUCACCCUUACAGCUCUGAGCGCAGACAGGUACAAAGCUAUUGUAAAUCCUAUGGACAUCCAGAAAUCUAGUGCAGUUCUUUGGACCUGCUUAAAGGCAGUCGCCGUAUGGAUCAUUUCUGUACUGCUGGCCAUUCCAGAGGCAAUCUUUUCCCAAGUGGUGCAUAUCAGUGACAACAACGUCAGCUUCACUGCCUGUGUACCAUACCCUUUAUCUGAGGAGUUACACCCCAAAAUUCACUCUGUCAUGAUAUUCAUGGUCUAUUUCAUCGUCCCCCUUACCAUCAUUAGCGUCUACUACUACCACAUUGCAAGGACGUUAAUCAAAAGUGCACACAACAUGCCUGGAGAAUUCAGUGAGCACACCAAAAGACAGAUGGAAACAAGGAAACGACUUGCAAAAAUCGUCUUGGUCUUUGUUGGUUUGUUUGCUCUCUGUUGGUUUCCAAACCAUGUCCUGUACAUGUACCGCUCCUUCAACUACAGAGAGAUUGACUCCUCAUUGGCACACCUGGUUAUCACACUACUGGCCCGAGUACUGAGCUUCUCCAGUUCCUGCGUCAACCCUUUUGCCCUGUAUCUGUUGAGUGAGAGUUUCCGGAGACAUUUUAAUAGUCACCUCCAUUGCCAGAGGAAGAAGUAUCGGGAGAGAUCUAUGAGCUACCUGCAGAGCACAUCAGCAGUCAGAAUGACAUCCAUUAAAAGCAAUGUUAGAAAUACACCCACCACUACAAAUCUUAUUAAUGGACACAACCUGAAACGGGAAGUUUCACUUUGAAUCAAAGAUGGGGGGAUGGUGUUCAAUAAGCUUUCUAGGAAACAAAUUUGGUACAAAAAAAAAGGUUGCAUAAAAGAAAUCCCUUUGCCAUUUGUUUGUAUCCUCAAACCUUUUUCAAUUUUCAAAUUCCUUGUGGUACCGGCAAUAAUGGCUGGCUUUAAAACAAAUAGAGAAGUUAAUGUUUUCUGAUUUUAAAAAAAAUCCAGUAAAGAACUGCUAACCAAUGCUUUAGAUUACAUUUACUGCCUUUCAUUACUAAUUAGAGAAGAGAGAAUAUAUUGGUUUUUCACUUGUUGUUUUUCUCUUUAAUUAUGGAUAUAAAAAUAUGUUAAAUUUCAAAGUUUUCUCUAUAGCAUUGUAUUUAAAAUAUCUGCAUAUCGAAAGUGAAAAUAUAGAAAACCAGUGAGGUUCUCAUGCAAUUAAGAGGUACCGAUUAUCACUUUAUUUAGUUUUGUCAAUAGAGUCAAAAUUUUAAAUCAGGAAGAAUUUAAGGACCAAAUAGUCAAAGAUUCUGUGAAUGUAUGCAACUUUUAGGCAACCGCUUGCAUUUCAGAUAUUUUGCAUAUAUUCACAAGUCUGUGAAAUUAAAGAGAUGCAGGGAAAUUGCUAAUAUCGCAAAGCUGCAGAAAUAAAUACAUUUAAAUGAAUCUAACAGGAAAUUAAUCGCAACUCAGGCUAUACCCAACUGAUGCAGGUGUAUUUGCAUAAGAGGUGAGACACUGGCUAAAGCAUAGAGAGGGCAAAUUUACUGAAGAGGAUAUUAUAAUAAUUUAUAGCUGACAAAAAGGGAAAAAAAACUAAAGAUAAGAUUUGGCACUAAACAAUGCGAAACAUAUUAAAAGCGAUACCACACGAUUACUCUCUCAUUAUAGUCUACAUAUUAAAAAAUUAUUAUCAUUUAGUACAUUAUAAUGCUUCCAAACCAAGACAAACCUGUCUGGAUGGGGCAAUAAAUCAAUAAGAACUAUGAACUUGUAUAAUAAUAAUACUUUAUUAUAUAUAUAUAGGCUAAGCAAUCAUGUGGUACAGUUUUCAAGACAUUUCCCUGUCUGGGCAAUUUUGUCUUCGCCUGGCUUUCAUCCACUCCCCAGAUAACGUGAAUGCUGUUUCAGCUGUUCCAGGGGAUACAGCUGAUAUUAAAGAAAGAUAUUAUGUUUUGAAACUUGAGUUAAAGAGCCGAUUAAUUUAACAGUGAAAGGGUGUCCCAAUCAGUUCCCAUAGAGGUUGGGAGUGCUCUGAGCACAGCUACAGUCAUUGUCACCAACAUUUGUUUUUGCUGUACCAGUAUCUGAAACUGAGAACUUACCUAUGAUAUAAGCAUCCUCUGUUGGUGUUUUGUUAAACGUAUUUACGUUAAUAUUGUUUUUGUAUAUUUAGCAACAGUAGCUAUUCAGGUUUUUUUUCUUCAUUUACCGCUCUGAACAACUAGAAAUAAAGUUAAUUUAAACAAAGCUUAUUAGGCCUCACUUAUGAAAGAGCACUUAAUGAGGCUGCAACGUGCACAUUAAGUAGUAAGUCUAACGUGAACCAUAAAUCUAAAUUUACUGUCCCAUUUACUAACAGAGAGUGCAUUAAUUUCCGAGCACACUAUUUGGCUAAUUUACAUACCAUAGUGUGCACACUACAUCUAUUGUAAGCGAUAAUUUAAUGUGAUGAUGAUGUCCAAGACUUACCCAUGACCACCGUGACAUAAAAAGCCCCAGCAGUCCACGUGUAACUUUUGGUCAGUGGCUUAUUGUGAAAGGUGGAGGUGGCUUACAUUGACCGAGGACAGAGGAAUUAGAAAUUCUAAUGGAAGAGGUUUUUUUAAAAUUAUAAUACAUGAGAACAUAAGAAAGUUUACAAACGAGAGAAGGCCAUUGGUUGUAUGGUUGUUAGUAGCUUAUUGAUCCCAGAAUCUCAUCAAGCAACAUCUUGAAGGAUCCCAGGGUGUCAGCUUCAACAACAUUACUGGGGAGUUGGUUCCAGAUUCCCACGAUUCUCUGUGUAAAAAAGUGCCUCCUAUUUUCUGUUCUGAAUGCCUCUUUAUCUAAUCUCCAAUUGUAACCCCUGGUCCUUGUUUCUUUGUUCACGUCGAAAAAAGUCCCUUGGGUCGACAUUGUCAAUACCUUUUAGAAUUUUGAAUGCUUGAAUCAGAUCGCCGCAUAGUCUUCUUUGUUCAAGACUGAAAAGAUUGAAUUAUUUUAGCCUGUCUGCAUAUGACAUGCCUUUAAAACCUGGAAUAAUUAUGGUUGCUCUUCUAUGCAUUCUUUCUAGAGCAGCAAUAUCCUUUUUGUAGUGAGGCGACCAGAACUGAACACAGAUGAGGUCUUACUAAUGCAUUGUAAAGUUUUAACAUUACUUCCCUUGAUUUAAAUUCAACACUUUUCACUAUAUAUCUGAGCAUUUUGUUAGCCUUUUUUAUAGCUUCCCCACAUUGUCUAGAUGAAGACAUUUCUGAGUCAACAUAAACUCCUAGGUCUUUUUCAUACAUUCCUUCUUCAAAUUUCAGUAUCUCCCAUAUGGUAUUUAUAAUACCUUGUUUGGUCCAGUGUUUUAUUCAACCACUCUAUUAUUUGUACCAAUGUAAUGAACUAUAAAAUAACAUCUAAGAAAUGAUUAAUUCUUGUUUAUUCAUGCUUAAUAUAACCUGUUAUUUACAAGUAGGUUUAAUUCGGUUUAAAUAGCGCGCCUAUCAGUGGUUAAAGUCUGGUUUCUGAACAAACUAAUUGUCGCUUACUUUAAGGUGCACACUACAAUUAUCACCCUUUAGUAAAUAUGAUGUGAAUAAAGCUCAGAGCGGGAUGCCUCAUUUAAAUACAUAUGAUAAUGCCAUGCAUUAUCAUAUAAAUCACAUACUCAUUCUGAUUACCAUAGUGUGGCACAAUAAAAUCAGUGUGAGCCAUUAUUUCGCAUGAUAAUGAAUACAAUUGAAAUAGUAAAUACAUGAACCUGCACACCAAUCAAUCUUGAUAGGAGGAAAUAGUAUUUAAAAUAGUAUUUUAGCUUGUUUGCGAAUUAGUUAAGCAAAGUCAAAAACAUUAACCAUUUUUCCCCCAACAUUAAAAAAAACACAGCUUGAUUUUGUAUUUCUUAAUAAUGCAACAUUGCUCUGGGAUACUUUACAUUAAGGGGGCCUAUAGAUGUUUAUUGUAUUGUACUACCAAAUAUGCGUGAGAUGACUUUAUCAUUUUUAAAUAUAAAGCCAACUCUAGGAUAAACAAAAAAUACAAUAAAAUGAAUUGUAAUCAUAACCUGGCAAGCAACACAAAGCACUUGACAUGGGAUAAACAUCAGUGGAAAACCUUAGCAGACUGAAGUUUUUAAAGUUAAGAAAAAGAUAGGAUACUUUAAAAAAAAAAAAAGUGAGUUCUAGUAAGACCAAGAAAUUAGCUGAAAUGGACAAAAGAAAAGCAAGAUUUAUCAGCACUUUCCAAUAGUAAUAAUACAAGGCAAUUCAUGCUCUCUAGCUGUAAGUUAUCAAAACGUAUCUAAUAAGCUGCAGAAGACAUGCAUUAAGAAAAUAUAUUAAACAUAAUAAUAUUAAAAAUAUUCGUCUAGCUAGAAGAUUAUACUUGACCUUUGACCCAUAUUUGACUCCUGUGCACCCCAACCACUUUCAAACAAAAUGUCUCGUUCCCUUUCAAUUCAAAGAUGACCACCAACAAAUACUUUUGGGAUAUGCCUGCCACAGGUCAGGUAUUCACUGAGCAUUUUAUAUCAAAGCUGGCGAUAGGCCCCUCCAUGGAGUGAGGUCCUUGGCCCCACCUCACCGAGGUAAUAAAUAGUCACUACACUGAGAACUCAUUCUCUUUUGCUUCUCACCAUCAGGUAGGUAAGGUAGGUAUAACUAACCUCUCCAGUUGCGUGAUUGUAUCUUUGUAAAAGAGCUCUCACUUUGAGUUUUCUGCUAAUUCCACUGCAUAUAUUGCUGGAAGUCGGCUUGCCACUUCCCGGAAUCAGUAACUCGGCUUCUGAGGACUGAGCAAACGCUGCGCAAUUGCACUCCGUUCUCUCUUUAUUUCAACAGCCUACAUCGCUCGCCAAUUGUAGGCUGCUUUGUAUCCUACAGCUUCUGCUGUUUGUGUUUUUUCCUCUGCUGUUGCAGCUAAAAACGCUUCCUCCACUGGGGCCCGGCGCUGCCGUACCCACUGUUGUGUCGAUGCCGCUGGGCGUACCAUUGCCCUCCCACUCGGUGUGUGCAGCCUAAAAAAAACCCAUAUUUUUUUGUUUACUCUACCUUCAGCUCUGCUGUGUGUGUGUGUGUGUCGUUUUUUGGUUGUGUGACUACUAAUGGGCCAGGCUUAUAAUGCCUGUAGGCAGUGCUCCACACCGCUUUAAGCUGUGCGCUGCAUCUGUUGUGUGACCGCACGCGGUCCAGUCUAGACACCAGUCCAGCAACCUCGAUGCUUACGCCCCUGGUGCUUGGUGCCUUUAGUGCCCUUGGUACCUUUGGGGCCUCGAUGCUUCGUGCAUAUUCACCCCCUGCAUCGCUAACCUCGGUGCCCUCAGUGCUUCGGUGCCUCAGAGCCUUGGUGCAUCGGUGUUUCGACACCCUCGAUGCUUCAGAGCCUUGGCGUCUCAGUGCUUCGGUGCACAGGCACCAUUUGCAUCAAUACCCUUGGUGCUGAAGAGCCUCAGCACAACGGUGCUUCGGUGCUCCAGAGCCUCGGUGCAGAACGUCUCAUCGCCUACAGCAGAGGAGGCGUGCUGCAUCCUCAAGCACUUAAAGGGUACAUAAGGACCUUUUUAUUUUAUUGUGUUACAUGUUCCCAUGUGUUGCUACAACUGUUUAUGUAAGGUGUGUGUGUUGUUUAAUUAUUUUUUUUUUAUAUUUUGACCACUUUUUUAAACUUUUAAAUUGCAUUCCCUGCCUCAAGAUGUCUUCUCAUGUACCUGCAUGAACCUCUCAGAACAACAUUUCCCAUCAUCCUGAGGGAUCAGGGUGUUGAUCUACCUGGACGAAUGGUUGAUUUGCUCCCAGUCACAGGAGAGAGCAGUGAUCCACACGUCGAUAGUGACAGAACAUGUGGCGAGACAGGGUCUUACCCUGAACUAUGCCAAAAGCCAAUUUUACACUGAUGCAAAGUACGGUAUACUUGGGUCUCCGGCUGGAUUCCCUUCCCUGGUGACAGAGUGGCUGUCAUUCAGAACUGUCUAGACCUGUUUCAACAGGGAUCCACAGUACAGUUGGUGUUGUGUCAGAAACUGUUGGGUCUGAUGGCCGCAGCUCUUUGUCUGUCAUGGUGAAAGGACCCUGGGUCAAGCCCUCUCGAAACAGUGGCUAUCCCACUGGAUUGUGGAACAGUUUCGACUGCAUAUACUCCUGCCGGCCUACUCCCACCUAGGAGAGUGGCUGCGCAUUCGACUAGAGGAGUGGCUACGUCAUGGGCCCUCUUUAGAGGUGCCUCAUUGACUGAUAUUUGUACUGCGGCUAGGUGGGCUACUCUGCAUACAUUCACCAGGUUCUACCAACUUUAUGUCUUUAUUACACACAAGGGUCCUUGAGGUUGCACGCUGACAUCACUAACACUAGUUGGCGGUAGCGAGACGUCCCUCAUAUGCUGUCCGCUCAUACUCCCUCACGACGGCUUUGGUAUACUUUCCCAAAAGAGAAGGCGACCACCAAACCUUGCGAGGUCGCAUCACUCGCAUUCGGGGGUUUGAUGCAAAAGAGAAUGAGUUCUCCGUGUAGUGACUAUUUAGUACCUCAGUGAGGCGGGACCGAGGACGUCACUCCACGGAGGGGCAUAUCCUCAGCUUUGAUAUAAAAUGCUCAGCGAAUACCUGACCUAUGGCAGGCAUAUCCCAAAAGUAUUGAUUAGUGGUCGUCUUCUCUUUCAGGGAACCGGGGUUACAUCCAUAACCUAUUGUUUUAAAUCACUCGACGACACCCACACUUCAUAGUUUUUAGGCACUUUUAACAAGUCUGUCUCUGUGAAGAUUUACAAUCAUCCUCCACCAUGGUAGCACCAACCAAGCGAACGAGACAAAUAAUCUUCGACUCUGACAGUGACUACAGAAUUUAAAUAAAAAGCUUAAUUUAUGAGUGACUAAAAAAAAAAAAAAAAAAAAAAGGCAUACCCCAUUGAAACAGUUUAUAAACUAAUUGACCUAACGGUCCCAUAGUUUAUGACGUCACAUAAACCUUACAGAAGUUUCUUCUGCAAGUGGAUCACAUAAAUGACAAAAACUGCCAUAGGUCGUAAUGUUCUGCAACCUACAAGUUAAAACUAAAAUAUUAGGUUUUAUUCAGUGUAGUAAAUAAAUUCAAUUUUGUUGUUUGAUUCUAAUUUACUGACUAUGACAUGCCAUAGAAAACAUCUACAGUAGCCUUAGGCAUUAUCAGUAUGCAGAGAAUGAAUAUUACUUCAUAUCAACACUAGUCACAUGUGGUAAAAUAAAAAGUAAACGUUACAUGUUUUGUUCUGGUCUAGCUUGCAGUUGUCCUCUGGAAAUGUUUUUUUGAACACAAAGUGUAUGUCUGUGUAUUACCUAAGAGUUCUAAAUAUGUCAAAGUGGUUGCCUGCAGCAUUUUAAAAUAUUUCUCUCCUUUCUUGCUUGAAGGAAGAAAGACAUGUGUUAUUGUAACUGAUGUUUAUCGUUUAGACCAUUAUUGCUUUUGCUGUAAUACAUUGAAACAUAGUCACACAAAAUAGUGAGUUCAGUUUGACUUUAAGAUGCUUGGAGACAUUUUUUUUAAAUUAUAGUGAGUAAUAGCAACCAUGCAAACCUUAGAAAUUAAUACUAACUGGAGUUAGGGAUGUCAUGAACUGUUGUGUAUCAGUGGUAUACAUUUUACCUUUGUUACAAUUUCAGAGAUAUUUAAUAUGUAUUGAUUACUUCAAUUAACAAACCUUUCAGUGUUAUUAUGGAUAUUAAUUGGUUUUAGCAUGAUUUUUUCCAAAAUAAUGAAUUAGCAAUCGUGUAAACAGUCUUUGAUCAUGACAUGUCUUUGUCAUCACAAAUAUAUUGCAAAUGUUGUGGAUAUUUUACAUUUUAACAGAAAACUAAAUCUAAUUAAAUCUAACCUAAUUUGUCUAGCUUUGCCUAGUGAUAACGAUCGAUCUAACAAUUUGAAUAUGCCAGGCACUCAUUAAACAAAGGCUAAUCAAACCCAUCUCUUUGAAAUUGAAUUACCCAGUCUAGUGAGGGAAGAGGGUUAGCACAAAGCCUACACUAAGGCGAAAGAAAAAAAAGGAAAAAACAACCAGUAGUUUAAAAUCAUCUUCAAGAAAACAACAGAUUUGAAACAAUUUAACAUCAUUAUUGAUUUAAAUUCAGUACGAGUACAAGAGGCAAGCAUUUUUAUUAUUAAAUUGCCUAACAAGCACAGAAUAACGCAGGUAGAAAAACCCUAAGAAAAUGAAACUGUUUGCGAUGUCAAACCAAGUCACAACCCGACAUAUUUGGUAAAAAUAACAGUGAUUCAGAAUAAAAUCAGAAUGAUUCAGCAAAAGUUAUAUACGUUUAAAAGUUUCCCCUUUCUAAAUUAUGAACUAAUCAUGCAAGAGAGAAAGGGGGGUGGGGUGGGGUGGGGACAAUCCAGAUUGCAGACCCAAGCCAGACAUGAACUAGCCAAUCAGAAUGUGCGGUGGGAAAUUUAAACAAUUCCUUUGUUUGAAAAGUAUAAAGCCAACUGUAAACAUAAGUUCAUUGCUCCCUGAACUCUGAUCUCUGGCUACCUGCUCUCUGUUCUACGCUCCCUUGGAUUCAAAAGAAAGAAAACUACAAGAUCGUGCCUGAAGCCCUCAGCUUUCAGUAUUAAUCCAUCAAGAUCAGGGGCCCAGAUACUCAAAGAAACACAAGGUAAUAUCAUGCUGAAACUCAAUUGCUUUCCAGGCUAGGUAACAAUACUCUUAAUCUAUUCAGGUAUUGUGUGAUUCCCUAUAGUGUCAGCAUGUACUAAUAUUUAAUUAGCAAAUUGUUGUUUAAAACCUUAGUUCUCAUUGUAAUGCUUUUUAAUGUGAUAUUAAAUGUGUAACUGUUUUGUGUGAUUUACAAAAGUAUUUUGUUGCAUGCUUAAUAAAUACCAUCUUUCUAAGAAUAAGUUCCCAGAACAAACACGAUUUAUUGAACUUUGAACAGCAUUGAAUGUGGUCUAUUUUUGUCUUGUUGUAAAGUGUAAAUCCGCUAUCGUUUUCAGAGAAUGAUAUUGAAAACAGGUUUAUACAUUAUAAUAGGAUGCGUCAUUGUUUUAAGAAUAUUAACUGUCUACGAUAGUACCUACAAUCCCUAAAUGAAUGCUUAUUUGUGAUUGUUAUUAAUUGUUAAAUGUUGUGAAUCAUUCUAUAAAUACUCUGCAAUGUUGGCAUGUAAAAUGUAAAAUGUUACUCUCAUGUAAAGCUGUUAUUGCCUUAGCUCAAUGUCAAAUGAUGUUCAUUAAAUAUAAAAA